AUGUUCCCAAACCGCGAGUACUGGAAGACACUCCCAGGGCCGAGGCUGCUGAACCUGAUCAUAGCCGUCUCUGCCCUAGCCAUUGCUUACGAAGGCAUGAGCCAAGGCGUAAUGGGCGCCGUGAAUGUGGCGCCCGAUUAUGGUCGACGUAUGGGCUUCGCCGACGAGCAUGGAAAGGUCAUCAACCCAUCACUUCAGGGCGGCAUUGUCUCCAUAUACUACGCGGGCUCGCUUUUGGGGGCCUUCUGGGCUGGUCAUAUCUCCGAUAAACACGGACGAAUCAAGGGUCUCUGGCUAGCCAUCUUCUGGUGCACACUCGGUGUCGUCCUCCAGGCCUCAGCAGUAAACCUUGCCCACAUACUGGUCGCUCGACUCUGUGCCGGUUGCGGCGUUGCUUUCAUCAUCGUCAUUGCCCCAGCAUGGACCGCCGAACUAUCACCUGCAGCGCACCGUGGCAAGAAUAUCGCCCUGACCUUUCUUGCAAACUUCUCCGGUAUCAGUUUGUCCGCGUGGGUGGGUUUCGGAACAUCCUUCACCGAGCUCGGGGGCGGCGCCUUUCGGUGGCGGUUCUGUUUCGCUUCCCAGGCCAUCCCUCUCGUCCUGCUUUUUAUCGGGUCCCUCUUGAUUCCCGAGUCGCCGCGGUGGCUCAUCAAGGUUGGCCGCCGCGAGGAAGCCCGUGAGAUCAUCAUCAAACUCCUAGGGAACGACGACCCGAACCACCUCGACGCGCAACGUGAAUUCCGGGAGAUGGUUACCGUCAUCGAGAUGGAUAAGGAGGCCGACAGUAUGAACUAUGUACAGAUGUUCUUCGGCAUUGGUUCGGGCGACAUCCACAUCGGCCGUCGCAUUCAACUGGCCUUUUGGCUGCAAGUACUGAUGCAGUACGGAACCGGCAUCGCCGCCGUCGUGAUUUACUCGGGUACCAUCUUCCGCACGGCCGGCUUCGACGACCUCAAGUCCAACUGGCUCUCGGCCCUGAUGAGCAUGGUUGGCAUCCUCGGCACUGCCAUUGCUGCCUUCACGCUGGACCGCGUCGGCCGGAGGAGCACUCUCUACUGGGGUGCCGUCGUGCUCAGCAUCGUCCUCUUCGCCAUCGGCGGCCUCAACCGCGGUGCCCUUAACCACCCGGACCAGAAGGAGCAGUUCGGCACCGCAGCGGCUGCCAUGGUGUUUGUCUACGUGCUCGUCUUCAGCUCGUCUUGGCUGAUGAUUCCUUUCAUCUACCCGACCGAGAUUUUUCCCACCUGGCUCCGUGCCAAGGGCAACGCUUUCGGCGUCGCUGGCUGGGCUAUUGGGUUUGGCGGUGGCUCACUGCUUUUGCCUAUCAUGUUCGCCGGCAUCGGCGAGAACACCUUCCACGUCUUUGGUGCCGCCAUGUUAGUCUACAUUCCCAUCAUCUACUGUUUCUUCCCCGAAACCGCCGGCCGCACGCUCGAGGCCAUGGACUUUCUGUUUGCGAGCAAAAGUCCCUUGACCUGGCACGAGGAAGCCGAGUUCAAGAAGCGUAUCGCUGAGUUGGAGAGCCGUGUGCAGGGUCACGACAAGGAGAUGGAUUCGUCGGAAGAGAAGUGCAGCGCUUUGAACGUAGAUAUAGUUUAA